AAUAAAUCGAUAAAUAUAAUAAAUUUGUAAACAACUUUCUGCGAAGUUUCUUCAGGUUUAUCUAUCAAUGCAAACGGCUGUCAGUGCAAGUGAAUUAAUUAGUGGUACAUUUGUGGCAUAUUAAAAUUUUGUCGGUCGUGCUAAUGUAGCACGUCGCGCCUCUUCGUGCGAGUGCUACCAACCCAUUUUGACGUAGCAGCAUGUCGACGUCCACAACCGCCACUGCCGCAGCCUCGGCACAGAUCUUUCGUUCGUUGUCGUCGGAGAGUCAGAAAAAUGAUUGGUCCAAGCGCUUGUCGCUGCGUGGCAUGCGGCGUGGUGGCAGCGCUGGCAGCAGCAACAUCAGCAAAGAGGAACCAAAGCUCAAGCACAAAUUCUUUAAUCGAUCUUCCUCGUUGAAGCAUGCCAGCGCUUCAAAGGCCACAAUGGAACUUCAAACGCCAUCACAGCAGACAUCACACCAACAAUUGUCGCAACAGAAUUCGGCUGCGACGCCGAAAAAGUCAAACUGGGAGGUCAUCGAACAUUUCAACACGAGCAGCACCAAGGGUGGCAAGGCGGUGGUGAGCAGCAGUCUGAUAGCGGCUGGCAUAACACGCUGCAACAUAGACGAGUCGAUCGAUUCCACCAAUUCCAGCUCGACAUGCCCCAGCCCCAUGGUGUAUCAGCGCGAUGAAGCGCAUUUACUGCAGCAAAAUUCCGAAUCGAUGGACGGACGCAAUACGGAGGUGGGCAGCAAUGCAAAUGGCACCGGCGGCGGCGUGGGCGGUCUCAGUCCGACGAUUUCAUUUUGGUUUCGUUUGAAUCGUGUUAUCCUACGCCUUUGCACAACACAUCAGUUUAAAAAUCUACAGGUGGAAAUGCUUUAUCAGCGUUAUUUUUUGCGCAUGAAUCAGAGCAACACGACGCACAUUUUGGCGUUGCUGCUGGCGUUGAUUGUGGCUUUGUCGAGCGCGCAAAUUGUCUUCACCACGCUGCAACUACGUCGCAGUGCGACAGGAGCAACUUUUGCCAAUGCGAAUGAGACGCGCAACAAUGUGCCUAAUGGCAUGAGUGGCGCUGGUGGCAGUCACACUCUUGAUGUUGGCAGUGGCAGCGUUGCCAUUGGCGUCGGUAAUGGCAGCGCAACAGCGGUAACCUCAAUUUUAACAUUAACGGAAAUGGGCAAUCACCAGGCGCAACUCUUAAGCCGACAAUCGCCCCCAACUGCCGUUACCGCGUUGAGCGCGUCCUCGGCGCAGUCGCUGAUUGGACAUGUAAUAGUUGGUGAUGUUGGGGAUGGUCUAGGCACGACAAUGAAAAUUAGCGCACAACAAUUUGUGGCAAGUGCGGCAUUCAAGCAAACUCCAACCAUGCCAACGACUUUAUCACCUGUGACAGCACCACCAUUACGACCGGCCACCACCAUUGCACCGCCUAUAACCACGAAAUCAUCAACUUACCUGCCGUAUGCGGCGCAAGACUGGCGUGAUCCGCAAAUUUUCGACGCGCCGCUGCCUCUUAGCGAACGCGUCGCUUAUGCAGUCGAACGUCGCGGCAGCUCGGAGUUGUGGCUGCAAGCGCCGGUGGCUUUUAAGCGUCUUAAGCGUAAAUACCAUCAACACAGCCAUUGGCCGAAGUUGCAUCGCUUCAAGCGUUCCAGAUUGAAAUCAUUACAUUACAACAACAAACUGCUAGCAGAGCAAAACGCAGCUGCAAGUGUAGAGCUGGGUCCACAUCGGCCGACAAUGAGGCGAGUGAGAAUUAUGCGACGCAAACGAAAUCACGGCAACACUUCGCGGAUGCCUUGGAAUGUGCUAAGUUUUGUGCGAAAACAAGACCCAUCAAAGCCCAUAUAUACUAGCUAUACGAGGCUGACAAAGAGACAUGAGUCAGCGAGCCGAUUAGCAGCGCCCACUAAAUACGACCAACCCUUGACAAUGGGAUUGGCGAUGAGUGAAGCGGCGGCGGAAAUCACAACGAAUGAUGGUGAGGAUUCACUUGAAGCUGGAAAAAAUAAUGAAAAGAUUUAUAUCAACAACAACCACAACAACAAUUACAAACAACAUAUGGCACGUAUUGUUGAUGAAGUGGCAUACAACGUGCAUGACAAUGGAAAUGUGACUAAGCAGCACCAGCACGUCGCCAUAGAUGAGCAAACGCCGGACAAUGCAAGCAACAGAAGUGUGGCGGCGAUAGCAACAACUAGAAAUGAGUCUAUGCUAGCGAAUGGUGGGGUUGGAAAACGUACAGCGGCAAAUCUACUGGCUGCCAAGGCUUCAUUAGAGCAACAGCAGCAAGUCGAGCCGUCGGCAAUGCCCGGUGAUGUGGAAGAAAUCACAGCUGCGCCCGGAAAUGUCGCAUACCCCGACUUGCGUCUGCUGCUGCAAGAGCUGUCAGCAAUUGAUGAACGUGUACUGGUCUUCCUUGUGGUGAUGACAAUUUGUGUGCUGGUCUAUGUAUCGCUGCUGUGCAUACUCUCCAAACCGGCAAUGAAUGAAAUCUUCCUGGUGCUGGUCUCUUAUGUGAUUGUGGGCACAUUUGUUGCCAUCGAAAUCGCCGUGGGCUAUGCCACGUUGCCAAGCAAAUCGUACAAUGGCAGCUCCUGUUGUGUUGUCUUCAUCUACAUGACAUACACAAUGUUGCCGUUGCGUCUACGUGAGGCCCUCAUCGGUGGCAUCGUGCUGUCGUGCAUGCACAUCUACACCAGUCUGCGCUACACCGAAGCGACAAUUCAUUGGCAGGAGUUGUUCUGCAGCCUCUUGGCAUUAUUCCUCUCCAAUCUGACGGGCAUUUACACACACUGGCCGAAGGAGAAGGCGCAGCGAAAGGCGUUCAUCGAGACGCGACAAUGCAUUGAGGCGCGUUUGCGUACGCAACGUGAGAAUCAGCAACAGGAACGUCUGCUGCUGUCGGUGUUGCCGCGUCACGUUGCCAUGGAAAUGAAGGACGACAUUGCAGGGCAGCCACGUGACACGCAGUUUCACAAAAUCUACAUACAACGACACGAGAACGUCAGCAUCCUAUUUGCGGAUAUCUGCGGUUUCACCAGUCUUUCUGAUCAAUGCACCGCUGAGGAGUUAGUCCGAUUGCUCAACGAAUUAUUCGCCAGAUUUGAUCGAUUGGCCGCUGAGCAUCAUUGUCUGCGCAUUAAGCUUUUAGGCGAUUGUUAUUAUUGUGUAUCUGGACUGCCGGAGCCGCGACCGGAUCAUGCACACUGUGCCGUAGAAAUGGGUUUGGACAUGAUUGAUGCAAUAGCGCUUGUUCGUGAAGUGAUGGCUGUCAAUGUAAAUAUGCGUGUUGGCAUCCACACCGGACGUGUACAUUGCGGUGUGCUCGGUUUGGUCAAGUGGCAAUUUGAUGUGUGGUCGAAUGAUGUGACACUGGCCAACCACAUGGAAAGCGGCGGCAUACCGGGCCGUGUGCACAUCACCAAGGAGACGCUCAAGUGCUUGGAUGGCGAUUACGAAGUGGAGGAGGGCAAAGGUGCCGAACGCAACACAUAUCUGAAGGAUCAUCAAAUCGAAACUUAUCUCAUAGUGCCAGGUGAUAUCUAUCGACCGCACAAGAAAUCACGCAACCGACUGCAGGUGAAUGGCAAUAUUUCCAAGGAGCUGCGAAUGAUGGGACAUGCUAGCGCGCAGAAGAAUACCUCCAAAUUUGGCUUCGGUGACAGCGCGGAGGGCGCCAAGGAUCCGGAGGAUGAGGUGAAUGAGUAUUUGAUGCGUGCAAUUGAUGCGCGUAGCAUUGACCAUUUGCGUGCGGAGCAUUGUCAGUCGGUGUUGUUGUCCUUCAAGGAUGAAGCGCUUGAGAAGAAGUAUGGUUCGGAACCAGAUCGCAUGCUGGGUGUAUAUUUCUAUUGCAGUUUCAUUGUGCUGGUUGCCACCACACUUAUAAGACUCUCUAUAUUUAAACCGAAUUUACUCACAAUCACCACCUCAUGUGCAACAAUUAUUGUUGUGUUGCUGAUUUCGCUGCUCAUCGCCGCGCAUGUGAUCAACAUAAAGCUACCGAUUGGCGUCAAGAGAUUCUCUUCACGUAUUCAUAGCGAUCGCUUGUUGGCGCAAUGUUUUGCCUUUUUAACUGUUACGCUGAUUGCCCUCACAACCAUAUUGACAAUGGCUUAUGAAAUCUUCUACAGUGUUGACUUUGAUAUUUCAUCAAUUAGUAGUGAUGCCAAUACACACCGAUUUUCGACGAAUUUUACAGCGAGAGCACCAAAUUCGGACAACAUUGCACUAGAUAAUGAUUUUGCUGCGCUUGAGAGCUCAACUAGGCUCGGUGUGGACGAUUUUAAUUGUGAUUAUUUUCUAGCAAUAAAUACGUUCUUGUUGCUGACGUUGCUGUCGAUGAUGACUUGUGCCACUUAUCAGGUGUUGAGAAUUGUAUUGAAGUUGUUAUUGUUAUUGCUUGUUGCCGCCUUUUACACGGGCUUCUCGCUGUUUUUGUAUAUGCGCAAGGAUGUGCGCUUCAUGCUGGACAUGGAAGAGGCACUGCUGCGCUAUAUAAUUGAUUCCAUUUUCCUGUUUGCCUUCAUGUUGGCGUUGAUUUUCCACAGCCAUCAGACGGAGGCCACUUAUCGUCUCGAUUUCAUUUGGAAACUACAAGCCACAGAGGAGAAAGAGGAUAUGGAACAUUUGCAGGCGUACAAUCGCAAGCUGUUGGAGAAUAUAUUGCCUGUGCAUGUGGCGGAACAUUUUCUGAGUCGCGACAAAAAUAUCGACGAUCUCUAUCAUGAGCAGUGCGAUAGCGUGUGUAUAUUGUUUGCGUCAAUACCGAAUUUUUCGGAAUUCUAUGUGGAACUCGAAGGCAAUAACGAAGGUGUGGAGUGUUUGCGUUUGCUCAACGAGAUUAUCGCCGAUUUUGACGAAUUGCUUAGCGAGGAGCGUUUUCGAUAUAUUGAGAAGAUAAAGAGUACGGGCGCAACUUACAUGGCGGCUUCUGGCUUAACGGCAAACACCUGUGAUCACGUGAAUUUCGCACAUGUCACCGCAAUGGCGGAUUAUGCGUUGCAGUUAUUCGACAAAAUCGAAGAGGUCAACACGCAUUCGUUCAAUAAUUUUCGUUUGAGAAUCGGAAUCAAUAUCGGUCCAGUUGUUGCUGGAGUCAUUGGCGCACGAAAACCCCAAUAUGAUAUAUGGGGUAAUGCUGUUAAUGUAGCUUCGCGCAUGGACUCCACUGGAUUACCAGAUCAUAUACAGGUGACACAAGAAAUAUAUCAAAUACUGGUUGGACGUGGCUUUGAGCUCACCUGUCGUGGCAGCGUCAAUGUAAAGGGUAAAGGCUCCAUGAUUACAUAUUUUCUGAAAGGAAAGUCCACGCAAGUACCGGAAGUGACGGCGGGUAAUUUAAACACAGCGACGACGGUAAACGAGAACAAAACUGAAAGUGUCGAAGACAACAAAAAGCUCAUUGACACACCAACUAGUCCACCAAUUACCGCGCCGCAACAAGAAAAAAUAGAAGCAACGGACACCGAACUCGCUGAUAAGAAAACAGACCUAGCUACAGCGCAAACCACUAACGAGACGGUAGAGCCGCCCACCAUACUAGAAAGUCAGCCGAACAAGACUAGCACAGACUCAGGUGACGAUCUCUCACCGGACUCGGAGUUGAGUUCCUACAUGCAGAGUGCUACGGCGCAGCGUCGUAAGUCACUAUGUCGUCAGCACAACAUAUCAUCUUCCUUCGGCACCACAACCAGCUCGACUUCAGCACUCACGCCCACCAUGUCGAGCAGCUCCAGUGUGGUCACAAUAGCCGUAAUGCCCGCAUUCGCCAAAACCGCAUCCUCAUCCAUGGAAAACUCGACGGAAGGCACUUUGGGUGGUGGCUCAUUGAAUACCGCCACGUCCGCCAACUCGACGAAUGGACGAGGCAACAGCCAGCCGCGUACCUAUGUCGACGAACUGAAGGAAGAGUUCAAGGAGGAUGGUGACAAGGCGCCACUCAAGGAUUCCAUUGAGAAUCUUGAAAUUUUACUGAAAAACAAUAUAAGUCUGUCGGAUCUCAGCAACAAGCAGCAAUUGAAUCUCAGACCAAGCGAUGCCAAAUUGCAACAACUGAAAAAGGAGACCAUUGUCACAUUCCGCUCUGAAAGUCUUGCAUGCCGACAACGCAAUUCGAUUACAACGAUCGCCACGAGAACGCGUCUGCGCAGUUUUGAUGAAUGCAUCACAUCUGUUUUGACAACGCCAACAACAAAAGCAACAGGCGCGCCCAACAAUACUCGGUGGACAAAUGGCAGCGCACAUGAAAGCGCAGGAGAUGAACCGGACGAUAAGCACUCCAUGCAAAAUGGUCCACAACAGCGUCCACAAGACUGGUCCUGCCGUCAGCGCGUCGACACACAUCGUAGCCCUAUCCGGAGUUCACAGUCAAUGAGCCCAAUUGGACUGACCGGCAGUGAGGUGUUCGUGCUGCCCAACAGCCGCAGCAUGAUCGUGUUCAGCAGUAGCGGCAGCAGCAGCAGUGACGCCGCCAGCACGAGUAGUGAGAGUAGCACCACGGCUGCCGACAGCACGAUCGGCUAUAUGCUGCAGGAUGUGAGCACCUAAGCCGCGGUUAGAAGCUAGCGCAUUGGGAGAUGAUGAGGAGGUGAAAAUAUUAGACGAAAGUGUAAGUCUAUUUUUAUUUGUUGUAAAUUUACAGAAGUUAGUAUUUAGAAAUGUAAUUACUGUAAAUGUAUGUGUAUGAGCUGGUGUACAGAAGUGGUUUAACAGCUGUUUAGUAAAAUUUGGAAGAGUAGAGUUUGUAUAAAGUUAAGUAAGUAAGUAGUCUAAUUAGCGAUCGUGUAUAUAUAAUGAACAAACGAAUCAAAUUGCAAAGGGAAAAGUGCAGGUACAUUAGUUGAAUAGGAUGUAAAACAUAUUUACAUAUAAACUUAGAGUUAGGUCAAUGUUUUUGUGCUUUAAUGUAUGGUUUACUAGAGAUCUCUGGCGCCUGAAAAACGCUUUGCUUUGCUUCCGAUUUAAGUUCUUGUAAGCAUAUUUUUAUGUUAUAUAUGUAUAGUAGCGAUAAGAUGUACAUUAAAUAUGUUGUUUCUAUUAUUUUAACUCAGUGUUCUUCAUUGAAUUUGGAAUCUCAUAAUUUUCCUUAUAUGACUAGAUAAAUAAAAACCUAAAAUACUUUUGUAGAACUCACAAUUUC